AUGCAAGACGGCACGGGCGAUCACCAAGAGGCACUGCCUUCAUCACAGGAAAACUUCCCCGGGCCGUUCAUAAGCCAGGUGCCAGCUGUAGCUGGAAGAGAAGCCGCUACUCCUCACGCGGAGGUUGAAUAUCUGACUUUUCCCUCAGGUCAAGGCCAGGAGGAGGAGGAGAUUUACGACCUGACGGCCGUUGAUCCCUGGCCAGCUUUCGAUCAGCCCGCGGAUCUCGACGACCUCGAGCAACUCGCUGCCGCAAAUCUGCAGCCCUUCCUAGAGCAAAACUUCCCAGUCUAUCCGCCCGAGAUGUCCGCAGACUUCGACCCUGUUGCGGGAACCAUCAACCCGGCUUUGCUGCGAGUUGCCACCCAAAACAGCGGGAUCGAUCCAGCUAUCGAGCAGAAUAUCAAGCAGAUGCAGGAAAAUGGAACUCUGUUCCAGACCAUGAACCAGGCCGCCACACUCGCGCACCAGACCAAGAAAGCUAUGGAAGCUGCCAAUCUAUCUGGCUCUCAGGGGCUCGCGAACUCCGAUCAGAUGAUGGCUGGUCAGAACCUUGCCCACGCCAUCAAGAAGCCUUCGAAGGUACCUGAACUUCCUGAGCAUCACACGGCUGAGCAGCUUCACGCCUACAACCAAGCGCUCUUCGAUGAGACCUACGAUGAGAUCAUGGACGAGAUCAAGAAUGAUCAUGUGGCUCGAGCGCAGCGAGAGGGUCAUUCUACAAACCCUGUCACUGGUCUGCCUUUCCAAAAGGAGGAUGAUUUGUGCAGUGCUGCCUUCAAGCCCGGCGCUCACGAUGUCUUUAUGGGCGCUCCUGCAAUGGCUGUCAAUGCAGAUUUGUCGGACCAAGCUCCGUUCACCAAUGGCAGCGUCCACAACAACCGCCCUGCUGGACAGAGAAUUCGGCUCAAACUGAAUCCAAAGCCCCGUCAGGCAAAGAAUCACUCAACCGCAGCUCCAACUUCAGUGGCUCCGAGACGUGGUGCCGUCCCUUCCAAUUCUGCUCCGUUCUCUGGCCGCCAUCCAGGUGGCAAUCCUGCUCGCCAUGCGGAACCUAUUGUGGACAACGUUUUCGCCCGUCGCGAUGAGGAGCUUGAUCCUGCUAUCGAGGAGGCUGGCGAAUUCUUCGAGGCGGAGUUCAAUCGAGUUAUGGCUGCGCGUGGAUAUGAUUCUGAUCGAGAUCUGAUGGCCGCUGAAGCCCCCUGGGCGGCGCACGAGCUCGGCUGGUUGGCCGGUAACUUGAACGACGCGGCACAGACUGCAAUGGAGAACACCCUUCAUCAUCCUGAGAUGAAGCUGAGAGGCAUGGCUUCAAAUGGCAACUCUGGAGCUACCUUGGAUGAUUGGUCGCUUGCUGAGGAGGACCGAAUUCCUGCUAAGAGUGCAAUCAUGGACCACCGAGAGCAUCCCAAUCCUACUCAUGUUGCUGCAAUCAAUCGUGGCCGUCAGACCACUGAUCCUGCUUAUUUCCAGGACGCCGACUAUGCGAUGGAUGUUGAUUCUCCGACUCCGGGACGCACUCAGCCACAUCUUCCCGAUACUUCUGCUCAUGAGUCUAGCUUGAUCACUCCAACCAGAGGCCGCGGUGGCCCGCCCAAAACUCCCCGAGGCACGAGCUCUGGCAACGGCUCCGGUGCACAGCAGACGUACUUCGCUCCCGCCCAGCUCGGUAUUCCUGGCCCCGCGUCUUCUCAACCUACGGAUACUGUUCCAGACAACUCUGGACAGGCCACUAACGCGACCGAGCCUGCGACUGGCGGUCUUGGCACUACCGGUGUCGCGGGCCUCUCUCCCCCGCCAUCUCGCCCCGGCACUUCUGCCGGCGCGCAGAAGUAG